AUUAUUCAUGAUCCUGGCAGCUGGUGAUGAAGCUACGGCCGGUUGACCAGGCCCAGCGGACAUUGGCUCAUCCACUUGGGCGCUGCAAGUGAUGUCAUCGGUCCCCUAAUCCGGUAGUGAGCUCUAGCCAUCUGGGGAGGGGGGAGGAGGUUUCAGGGUACGGCUUUCUUCUGUGCUCCGGCGACGUGAUGGUCUGUUCCACAAACCGUAUAGGAUCGUCCACCGCUCUCGUCAAAGGGGGGAGCUUUCAAAAGCCAAGAAGUCCCGCAGGUCGAAGGGGCGCGAGCUGCAGCAGAUUCUCGUUUCGGCUUUCUACUCUGUGAGGGAGGACCAGAACGAGGAAAUCAUGAACCCGUUGAAGCUCAACACCACUUCGGUGUCGUUGGCAGUCACGCCAACCGUCGUAUCCACCCUCUUUUCACAUUACCUCAAUCGAAAAACCUCAAAGGGAGGGCCCAACUCCCACUUAUCCUAUGACGAAGGCCUGCAUCUCGUCCGAUCCUUCCUCGAAUUCGCUGCCCAACACACAGUCGAGGAGCUCCAAGCCUUCACAGCCCAAUGGGUUCCCCACCCGCAAUGGGUCAAAGUAGAAGAUGUCGAGAUCCCCGAGACCGAGCUCGAGAAAUCGACCGGUCUGAUUGCGGCACAAUUGGGACCUCAAGGCAUACGAGCCGUGGGGGGGUGCAAGUGGUGGAAAUGGCGGAAGCCGCAGAGCCCCCUCAAGGCCGAGUGGAUCGAGAUGCGCGCAGACUACCACGAGCGCAAGAAGAACGACGGCAAGACGAAGAGGGUGAUGCUCUACGUCCACGGCGGCGCCUACUUCUUUGGCAGCGUCGACGAGCACCGCUACCAGAUGCAGCGGCACGCCCGCAAGCUGAAGGCGAGGGUCCUCGCGCCGCGGUACCGUCUCGCGCCGCAGUUUCCGUUCCCUUGCGGUUUGCAGGAUUGUCUUGCGGCCUACCUCUACCUCCUCACCGUCCAGGACCCGACUACCAUCGUGCUGGCGGGCGACUCGGCCGGCGGCGGCAUGGUGCUCUCGAUGCUGUGUAUCCUGCGAGACCGGGGUAUUCCUUUACCCGCGGGUGCGGUCCUCAUUAGCCCCUGGGUCGAUCUCACGCACUCGUUCCCCAGCGUCUCGGGGGAUAACCAGAUGGACUAUAUCCCGUCGUCCGGCUUCCACCACAAGCCGUCCAGGAGCUGGCCGCCGCCGAACGAGGAUGAUAUGGAGAUGAUGAGGGAGCAGGCCAUCAAGGCGCGGGCGGGCAAGGAGAAGAGCGCCACAAAGCUUAAUACGCUCGAGAGGAAGCAGGCUGCGCCGAUUGCGCUGGGCGAUGGCAACGAGACGUUGGGGGGCACGUCUGACUCUGAUGGAAAUGCGGAUCCCACAAAGACGGCCUUGCAGCUUUCCGUCACUAUUGACGGUAAGCUUACCACAGUCAAGGACCAGAUCCAGAUGUACACAACCAACGCCUUGCUCUCCCAUCCAAUGGUCAGCCCGGUAAUGCAGCCUACCCUGGGCGGCCUUUGCCCGCUACUCAUCAUGGUAGGUGGUGGCGAGGUCCUACGCGACGAGCAAAUCUACGUGGCGCACAAGUGCGCGAAUCCCGCCAAAUACCCGCCGCCGGGCCUCGACGACGCGGGGAUGGCGCAGCUGAAGCAGUAUAAGCCGACGGAUGUGCAGCUCCAGGUCUGGGACGACCUGUGCCACGUGGCGCCGACGCUCAGCUUCACCCGGCCCGCGAAACACAUGUACCGCGCGGUCGCGCAGUUUGGCGCCUGGGCGCUGGCGAGGGCGCAGCAGACGGAGAUUGAGAUUCUGGACGACGAUGACAUCUCCAUGAUUUCCAGCUCCGCGUCGGAUUCUGAUAAGGAGGGGGUCGACCAGACGGAGAACGCGGGGCCUCCGGAACUGGUUGGGAAGGCGGGCAUGCCGUUACCGCCUUUCAAGAAGCACAUGAUCCGGCAAAAGAUCAGCACCCGCGGCGUCGUCUCCGACUUACCCCCUGAAUCUGAGCUAGACGGCUGCAUCAUGAAGUCGGAAGAGGUCGGCGUCGUCAGGCCCACGCCCGUGAGGCGGUGGCUCGACACCAAAGCCACCUUUGACAAGAAAUUCUCGAGCGCAAAGGCCAAGGUCCACAAGAGCAUCAUCAAGGACCUGGCGGACGGGUACAUGGAUUUCGGCGACGGCGAGCAGCCCCCGCCCACGGCGCUGGCCGGUCGACGGAAGGCGUCGGAUGAGCUGGUGGACAGGAAGAAGACCAAGAGUAUCGGAUUGGCGCUGUGGUCGCUCUGGGGCUCGAAGCACGACGAGACGACGACGAAGAGGGAGAAGAGGGCCGAUUCCGAUGCCGCCGCUGCCGCGGGCAGGACGUCGCAGCAGACGCGGGAGUCGCAGACUUCGCCGAGGGGCGGCGAGGGAGCGAGGUCGUUUGAGGAUAUUGAGCAUCAGGAUCCUGCACCGCUUGCUUCGCCUACGGGCAGUAAACGACGGUUCGUGCGGGACGAGCACCAGACGGAGGAGGAGGAGACGCCGGAUCCCUUUCAGGUGGAAGAUUCCCAGACGACGGCGGUGGAAGAUGCAACGCCGGUAGCGGCUCUCAUUGAGAAGAGGAAGGAACAAGAGAAGCAUAAUGAGCAGGCCGCCGCCGACGGAAACCACCUUAACCCGGAUUUCAUCCCCGGCGGCACUGGCGUCGCAGGCAAGCGGCCGUUCCUCGACGGCAUUGCGCUGCCGUUCAGUCUCGGCAAGAAGGACGCUGAGACGGCGAGUAUGGUGACGCUCAUGUCGGGCGCUGAUAGCCGGCCGAUUAGCCCCAUGCCGCAGCUGAACCGGACGGACACGGAUGCGACUGAUGGGGUCAAUGGGAACGGGGUUUCGGCUUCCGAGGCCAGCACCCAGGUUCCCGCAGCAGGAGAGACUGAGAGUAAGAGGCCGCCGUUGGAGAACUUUGUCACGGCGGCGGAGGAUUUGCCCCUCGCCAAGGGGAAGGGGAAGGAGGUUGUUAAUGGUGGGGGGUUGGAGCAGACUGUAUGAGACUUUACUGUGUAAAUAAGAACAGGAUAUAAAAAAGCUUCAAUUGUAGUGUGUAUACAAACCUUCAUCGUCAUAGUUCCAAGACCUUCCCCUUUUGGCGGGGCUUGUUCUCUCGCCAUUGGGUCUCAUUCACGAACCCUAACACUCUGCGAGACCCUUCUGCAAUGUUGUUGGAUAUGUGUUUUUUUGUUACAUAUUGUUACAGCGUCGAGGGUAUAUACAGCUCUUGUACACUCUUGUUUGGGGGGAGAAUAUGUGUUUCUGCCCCCCCCUGUUUUCGGAUUCGUCGACCUCUCGUCGUCGAUCAGCGGACUCUCGUGUCUCGCUCUCUUACGCCUUCCUUCUUCUUCUUCUUCUUCUUCUUAUUGAUCCUCCCACGAAGCUGGACUCCACCCCUUA